AUGCAUAUGUUAUUGAGCAUGUGCCAGGUUGAAGCUGAGGUACAGAAUAUGAUUGUUGAAGACCUGGGAAAAGUUAGUUACGCUGCACUUGGAGGGCUUUCUGAUCAGAUUCGAGAGCUCAGGGAAUCGAUAGAACUGCCUAUGGUGAAUCCUGAUUUUUCAAAAGGUUGGAAUCAGAACCCCGAAGGGUGUUCUUCUUUAUGGACCUCCUGGAACUGGGAAGACACUCUUAGCGAGAGCAAUAGCCAGCAAUACAGAUGCUAAAUUCUUGAAUGUUCAAUACCUGUAUUCUGUUAUCUGUG